UCGGUAGUCGCAUACAAUCAUAGAAGAUAAGGAGUUAUUGGCCUAACGCACAUAUAUACAUAAAUAACUAUUUUAUCAACAAUGAUAAUGAACUUUUAGUCUGCGCCAGCAAAAGUCGACAGCGUAGACUCGCACUCGAUGUUAAUCCAUCAACAUGAAUAAAGUCUCAUGCACAUUCUCUGCCAGCUGCUUAGUAUUCCUCGCCACCGUUAGUUGCUCAUUGGCAGCAUCGAGCAACGCCUGGAGCUGUGCUGUAAACGUUUCUACUAUUGAAUUCAAUGUAUCACGUAUAUCAGGCAUUUGGUAUGAGACAGCGAGGUUUCCCGAGACAGAAGUGCCGGCUUGCGUUAAAGUGUCAGCACCGACGACUCCCAUCGAUGGACACUACACGCUACGGAUGAAUUAUUUCAAUAACGUCAAUAAAGGUUGGAAGAAUACUACAGAAGAUAUUGUAUUUAAUUGGAAUGAAAAUACGCAAAACGGUACAUUCGAGCUUGUUUAUGGUAAUAGCCCAUUCAGCAUAACUGUCAUUUUCAAAUUGAUCGCAACGGAUUAUGAGACAUUAGCUCUCGUUUGCGGGUACUCACCUAUGGCCCCACAGAUUAAUCUCAUUAAGGUACUUACCAGACACGCGCCGCUAAACCCGAUAUUGAUUGAGAAGAUCAAUGAUUUGGCCAACAUUUAUAAUGUUGGUUCACUCAUCACCGGGGUGGAGCAUUCGAGCAGAUGUAACGCAGCCAGCAAAACAGCAGCGUCGUUUUUGCUCUUGUUCGUUUUGGUUUGUGGAAUCCAACAAGUUUUGAAGAAAGUCGCAGAGGGGCUUCUCAAUCGGCGGGCAUUGUAGCAUCGGCGUUAGUGUCCUGAAUACAAAAAAACCUAAAUUUUUGUGUUUAUUGAUGUCAUAAUUUCUAUAUAAAUUAAGCAAAAAUGGAAAAAAAUUCGCGAAAUAAAAUGCUUAAAAAGAAAUUAAUUUUGGGGUGAAUUUUCCUACUAUUUUCGAAUUGUAAAUUCACAUAGAAAGUAGUAUUAUAAAAAACAUGUGUGCAAAUUUCAGGGAGAUCGG